AUGUGGACGAGCCCCACCUGGCCACCACAGGCGUUUCUCUCACUAAAACAUAUCAUUCUCACCCGAACGGCGGAAACCCUCGUCUGGAAUCAAUCUUCAACAUAUCGUUUGGAAUCAAUCUUCAAGACUUCAACCCUCGUCAUCUCGAUCAGUCUUCAAACCCUCGUCAUCUCAUCUGAGUCUGGAAUCAGUCCGAAAGAUGAAACGUUAGUCACGAAGAGAUUCUACAAACCUGUAGUUGUAGAGGUGCCCAAUUUGCCGGUAGAGGUGCCCAUUUUGCCGGUAGAGACACUAUUUGUAAAUAAAUAUCGACGAUUUAACAAGGCGUGGUUCAGUCAGUUUUCUACGUGGAUAGAGUAUAGCAUAGCAAAAGAUGCCGCAUUUUGCCUUUGUUGUUAUCUUUUCAAGCCAGAAAUUGGAGAUCAAGCGGGCGGGGAUAAAUUUGUUGGUAAGGGUUACUCAAAUUGGAAGAAGAAGAAGAUAAUCAAUGAUCACGUGGGAGGCCCAAAUAGUGCUCAUAAUCAAGCUUGGGGUAAGUGUGAGGACUUGUUAAACCAAAGGCAACAUAUUCAAACGGUGUUUGACAAUCAAUCAAACCAAGCUAGAAUUGAUUAUCGAAUCCGCUUGAAUGCGUCGGUUGAUUCUAUUUGGUUUCUCGUUAGACAAGGACUCGCAUUCCGUGGUCAUGAUGAAUCUGAACAUUCAAGUAACCAAGGUAACUUUCUUGAACUUUUGAAGUUUCUUGCCGACCAUAAUGAAAAAGUUAAAGGUGUUGCAUUGGAUAAUGCUCCACAAAAUUUGAAGUUGAUUGCUUCCGAUAUUCAAAAGGACAUUAUAAGUGCAGCUGCUUUUGACACUAUGAAAGCGAUUGUGAAAGAUCUUGGUGAUUCACUCUUUUCAGUCUUGGUUGAUGAAGCUCGGGACAUAUCAAUCAAAGAGCAAAUGGCAGUUGCAAUAUGGUAUGUGGACAGAAAAGGUAAUGUGAUCGAGCGUUUUAUGGGCAUUGAACAUGUUGCAAAUACCGAUGCUUUCUCACUGAAGGAAGCAAUGGGGAUGUUAUUUUGUCGACUUGGAUUAAGUAUGUCUAGAUUAAGGGGGCAAGGUUACGAUGGGGCAAGUAAUAUGCAAGGUGAGUUUAAUGGCCUUAAGACAUUAAUAUUAAAUGAGAAUUCAUGUGCAUAUUAUGUGCAUUGCUUUGCACAUCAACUACAACUAGCACUUGUGGCUGAGGCAAUGAAUCAUGAGGAUAUUUCCAUGUUGUUUUAUAUUGUCAAUAAAGUGGUGAUUAUUGUUGGAGUAUCAUGUAAACGCCUCGAUAUUCUUAAGGGGAUACACUAUACAAAUGUUGUCGAGGCACUUAGUGUUGGAGAGCUUUCAAGUGGGCAAGGCUUAAAUCAAGAAACCAAUCUUAAACGUCCCAGUGAUACACGGUGGGGCUCGCACUAUGGUACUUUAAUAAGCAUACUGAAUAUGUUUUUAGCUGUGAUUAAUGUGCUUCAAAUCAUCUGUGAUAAGGGUACACACUCAGAACAACGAUCCGAAGCAAAGGUAUUGAAGAACUUGAUGCGGUCUUUUGAAUAUGUUCUCAGUCUUCACUUGAUGAAAGCAAUGUUAGCUAUUACAUCAGAGUUGUCACAAGCGCUACAAAGAAAAGAUCAAGAUAUUGUGAAUGCUAUAUAUUUGGUUCAAACAUCAAAAAAAAGACUCAAGGUGAUGAGGGAUAGUGGCUGGGAUUCUUUAUUUAUUGUUGUUUCCUCCUUUUAUGAAAAGCAUGGAAUUAAUGUCCCCAACAUGGAUGAUAAAUUUGUUGCUGAAGGGAAAGGCCAACGAAAAGCGUAA